AUGCAUCGGAAGCCACCUGUCUUGAACGAGUACCUCGAUAUAUUAGAGAAGCACCGUUCAUACAAGCUUCACAUCCACGCAUUGAAGAAUGCUCAACCACUAAUUGAUACAACUCCUGCUGAGCCAUGUCCAAGAAUGAAAUAUUAUGAAGACAGAAGGAUCAAGGAACGUGCUGAGAAAAAGAGAACUGACGAAGAAAACAUGAAAUAUAUCAGGGAUAUUGAAUCUCGAAAAACUGCUCGUGGAAUCAAAGAUAAUUGGUUGGAUGACUUAAAUAAAGAAGACAAAAACACUACAACGGAAGAGCAACAGGAAAUGCUAAGAACUUUGCCAACUGCAUCUUCGACUCAAGUUGUUUUUGGUCAAAAUCAAGAUGACGAAGAAACAAUCAACCAAAUGAGGAUGGAUAAUGGAAUGACAGUCAUAGACUGCGUCCAAAAGAAACCUCGAAAAGGCACAAUCCCUGUUUGUAAGCCUCAAAUUGAUCCUGUGAAAAAUCGUAUUAAACAUAUCGAUCACAGCAAUAAACCGAAAGAGCCAGAUAAUCAACUUCGCAAUAGUGUUCGCCGCAAAGUUUUAACAAAUUCUGACCAAGAUACGAACUCGAAUGAAAUUAUUCAAGAACCACAGCCUCCACAGGAGCAAAAACAAAGCCCACAACACCGUCAUCGCGCUAGAAGACAUACUCGAAAUCAGACUCCUCCUCAAAACAACGAAGAAUCCGCUUCAGAAGUAUUUGCUGAACAACCAAAGAGACAAAAUCCAAGAUUCAGAAGUAUUAACUUAGUUAUUGAUCCAUCAUCAAUUACAGAGCUGAAUAUUGAAGCUUCUCCAUCAUCAGAACCUACAACUCCUCCAUCAGCAAAUCCACGCAACAAAAACCUCAAGGAAAGUGCAUCUGAUAAAUCAGAAAGCCAAGAAAAUGCUACAGACAAGGUAAAAGAAGAGCCCAAAGAAGAUCUUUCCCUUGCCAAAAUUAUUAAUGAUAAAUUUGAACAAAAACCAAAAGAAAAACACGAAAAAGAAGAAGAAAAUCAACCAAAAGAGGAAGAGAAGCAUGAAAAAGAAGAGCAAAUGCAUGAAGUCAAAGAGCCAGAGCCUAAAAAGGAAACUCCACCGACUUCACCACGCAAACUCGAUUUCUCAGGUACAUUCGAAGGAUUCAGCGAACCUCCAACACCACGAAAGGACGAAACAUCAGGAAUACAGAUCUUUGACACUCUGAAUGAGAGUUUAGAAGACAAAAUCAUUGUUCCAUCGCUUACUGAAGAGAACCAAAGCGAAAGGAAGGAAAGAGAAUUCACUGUUCCUCAACAACAACAACAAGAAACUCAACCCCCAGCUCCUGACUUUGAAGAUCCAGACUUCUUGGAUCCAACUGAGUCAAAGAAAUCAAUGUACUUCAAAUCAUUGAACAACUUAGUCAUUCCUUCGAAUCUCGCUCCGAAUGAACAAAAAGAAGAAGAAGAAAAGAAAGAAGAAGAAAAGAAAGAAGAAGAAAAGAAAGAAGAAGAAAAGAAAGAAGAAGAAAAGAAGGAAGAAGAAAAGAAAGAAGAAGAAAAGAAAGAAGAAGAAAAGAAAGAAGAAGAAAAGAAAGAAGAAGAAAAGAAAGAAGAAGAAAAACCACAGCAUGGAUUAUCUCUUACAGAUGAAAUUAAUGAAACUCUUGAACGAAAUGAAGAAGUAACUCCAUCAGCAGAAAAGAAAGUUGAGGAAGAAAAACCACACGAAAAAGAAGAAGAGAAACAACAAGAAGAUUUAUCUCUUACUAAAGAAGUAAAUGAAGCUCUUGAACAAAAUAAUGAUGACAAGAAAGUGGAAGAAGAGAAACAACCAGAAGAAUCAUCAUUAACGAAAGAAGUAAAUGAAGAGGAAGAGCAAAAAGAAGUUUGCCCGCCUGACUUUGAGGAUCCAGAUUUCUUAGAUCCAACAGAAUCUAAGAAAUCAAUGUAUUUCAAGUCAGUGAACAACUUAGUAAUCCCAUCAAACCUCGCUACAAAUGAACACAAUGAGGAAGAGGAGAAAGCAGAAGAAAGAGAUUUUGUUGCUCCUCAAACCGAACAAAAGAAAGAAGAAACUCCUUCAGAGGAAAAGCCACAGGAUUUAUCUCUCACUAAAGAAGUCAAUGAAGCACUUAUCAAUGCAGGAGAAGAGAAGAAAGAUGAACUAGAAAAAACAAUUAAAGCAGAAAAGAAGGAAGAAGAUGAUUUCGAAUCAGAUGAAGAAAAGAAAGAAGAAAGUUUAUCUCUUACAAAAGAAGUCAAAGAAGAGAAUAAGGAUGAUGAUUUCGAAUCAGAUGAAGAAAAGAAAGAAGAAAGUUUAUCUCUUACAAAAGAAGUCAAAGAAGAGAAUAAGGAUGAUGAUUUCGAAUCAGAUGAGAAGCCACAAGAAAAUAAAGAAGAUGAGAAGCCACAUCAGUUAUCACUUGAAAACGAAAUCAAAGAAACACUUGAAAAGAAGGAAGAAGAUGACUUUGAAUCAGAACCCGAAGAAAAGAAACAAAUAGAAGAAGAAAAAGUUAUUGCUGCUCCACAAACAGAAGAAAAGAAAGGAAAUGAUUUUGAACAAGAGGAGAAAGAAGAAAAGAAACAAGAACUUUCUAUUGCAAACGAAGUCAAAGAUACUCUUAAAGAAUAUGAUUUCGAAUCUUCUCCGGAAGGAGAGAAACAAAAAGAAGAAGAAAAGAAAGAAGAACCGGAUUUCGAAGAAGACGCAUUUGAAAUUCCUUCUAAACAUGAAGAAGAUAACAAACCAGAACUAUCUCUGACUAAUGAGUUCAAAGAAGCUCUCGAUGAAAAGAAAGAAGAGGAGAAACAAAAGGAAGAUGACUUCGAAUCAGCUCCAGAAGAUGAAAAACCAAAAGAAGAAGAAAAGAAAGAAAUUGAAGAUGAUUUCGAACCAGAAGAAAAGAAACCAGAAUCUCUUUCUCUAUCACGAGAAGUAAAUGAAGCACUCGAAAGGGCCGAUGACGAAAAGAAAGUCGAAGAAAGAGAAUUUGAAUCACUAGAAGAAGCAAAGAAAGAGGAAGAAUCGAAAUCAUUUGGUGGCCUUUCUAAUCUACUUGAGAAAGCAGUUGAAGAACCUAAACAAAAUGAAGAAGAUAGGAAAGAAGAAGAACCAAAAGCUGAAGAAAGAGAAUUUGAAUCACCAGAAGAAGAGAAACAACCAGAAGAACCAAAGAAAGAAGAAGAGGAGGGUAAAGAAGAACGAAAACCAUUUGGUGGACUUUCUAAUUUGUUACAGAAAGCAGUUGAAGAAGAAAAAACAACAGAAGAAGAAAAAGUUGACGAAAGAGAAUUCACUGCUCCAGAAGAAGAAAAGAAGGAAGAAGAAAAGAAGGAAGAAGAAAAGAAGGAAGAAGAAAAGAAGGAAGAAGAAAAGAAGGAAGAAGAAAAGAAGGAAGAAGAAAAGAAGGAAGAAGAAAAGAAGGAAGAAGAAAAGAAGGAAGAAGAAAAGAAGGAAGAAGAACAGUCAAAGACUGAAGAAUCUAAACCGUUUGGUGGACUAUCUAAUUUGUUACAGAAAGCAGUUGAAGAAGAACCUAAACAAGAGGAAGAAAAGAAGGAAGAGCCUGAAGUUGAAGAGAAAGAAGUCGAAACUCCAACAGAAGAUAAACAACAAGAAGAACAAAAGAAAGAAGAAGAGAGUAAAGAAGAAGGAAAACCAUUUGGUGGAUUAUCAGAUCUCUUACAGCAAGCAACAGAAGAACAUAAGCAAGAAGAAGAAGAUAAAAUUGAUGAAAGAGAAUUUGAAACUUCUCAAUCAGCGGAAAACAAACUAGAAGAAAAACAAGAGGAAGAAUCAAAGCAAUCUGAAGAAUCGAAACCAUUUGGUGGACUAUCUAAUUUGUUACAGAAAGCAACAGAAGAGCAUAAACAAGAGGAAGAACAUGAAUUGUCUGUUCAUUCAGAAGAAGAGCAAAUUGAAAAAAGGGAAUUCAAAGCUCCUUCUGAAGAAGAAAAACCAAAGAAUGAAGAAGAUGAUGAACAUCAACUCUCUGAAGAACAUGAGGCAGCAAUACACGAAGGAGUUGACAAUUUAGCAAAGAACACAGUCGAUAGCAUUAUUUCAUCAAUUAUUGGAAACUUUGAUUCAGAGGAAAAACCAUUUAAUUCAGAUCAUAUAACUCCACAUGAAUUGACUGAAGAAGACGAAGCCGCGAUUCAUUCAACAGUUCAAGACUUAGCUGAUGGAACAGUCCACUCAGUGCUCUCUUCAGUCAUCACUGACGAAGAUCCGAAACAGACAGAAUUAGACUACAAAUCUCUUGUUCCUCAAAACGACGAAAUAAAAGAAAGAUCAGUUGAACAAAUAAAUGACGAAGAAGACUUUGAUUCCGAUGAAGGAAUUGAAAACAAAGAAAUAGCCAAAGAAACAGUGGAAAAUAUCGUAAACAAUAUUAUCAAUAACAUUGAAUCAAAUGAUGAAGAACCAGUUGUAAAAGAACGUUCUGUUGAAAAUCAAAAAAGUAACGAAAAAGUUUCCGAAGAAGUGGCCAAAGAAGCAAUAGAUAACAUAAUUUCUCACAUUAUUGAGAAUAUUGAUGAAGAAAAAACAUCUUCUGAUAAGAAAUCAUUAGAACCAGAAAAAGUUUCUGAUGAUGUACCAGAUGUUCCUUCAGAUGAUGAAACAGAGCAAAAUACCGAAGAAGGAAAGCCACAAGAGGAACAAAACGAAAAAACUGAGGAAAACCAUUCAGAAAAAGUCAAUGUAAUAGAAGGAGAUAUACCAGAUAUUGAGUCGGAACCAGACGAAUAA